AAUAUGUGCAAUGUCGCCACGUGGUUGCACUUUAGUCACAGAAUUGCCAGAAAUAAUGAUUAAUAUAUUUCAAUACUUGAACGAUGCAGAAUUAGAUGCAUGCAGCCAAGUGUGUACUCUAUGGAAAGAUAUCAUCGAACACAUAUUGUUUCACCGAGUAAUAAUGAUCACCAGGAAAAUUCCUCUGAUUGCAAUAAACUCCGUAGUCUGCGAAUCGGAAAAACUACGUCCCUACUUUGGGUUCGACGAACAUUUUCAAUACAAUUGGUUCGUUUUCGGAGAUGAACCUGAACGUAAGAUUCACUCUACUUAUAAUCGUAAUGAAAGCGUGGAAUCUAUGUAUACACGUGAUUCUUCUUCAAGUCGUAAAUAUAUGGAAUUUACGCAUGCAUUGUGUAGUAAGUAGCUGUAGUAUGUAAGUUUGAAAUU